AUGCUGGAGUUUGGGAACACCCUGGUGGCAACUGCUAUGGACAGAGAGGGGGUGCCAGCCGUGGGUGUGGAUGGCAUUGCCGACUCCGAGAGUCUUUUGACGAGGGUUGGGCAGGAUUUGCCCUUCCAGAGUGGCCAAUCUGCCAGCGAGGAGGAGGUGAAGGAGGCAUUCCUGCCUCUGGUGGCCAAGCUGUGCGCCGAAAUCAAGGUGCGAUUGGUUAUCCAGAUCAAGCUGGAGUAUGCCGCCUGGAUGGAGAGCGAGGAAGCCAGCACCGAGCUGCGGUAUACCAAAGCGGUUUUUCCGAUGUCAGCCUUUGGAAGCAGGAGCCGCAAAAGCGAGCCCUGGCACAUGAUGAUGUUGUGGGGCUCCGACCAGCUCCUGAUCUGCGGCAUGAAGCACAUCGCCACGAGACUCCUGUGGUUCAAACGGGUGGCCAACCGGCAAGUCGUGGGGUUCCCCACGAGGCCGUCUUUUGAAGAGGUCGUGGAUGUGCUGAUGCUGAGACACAAAAGAACGGUGCAGAGCUUGAUGGCUCUGCACAUGGUCCGGGCUUUGGACGGGAUUGCCAGAGAGUUGGUGAAGCAGGAUCUCGAUGGCUGUUACAUUGUCGCCAGACGCAUCCCCGAGUUUUACUGCAGCAUAC